CAACGCCGCAAGCUCAUGAUGAUUGCCGUCUCAGUGAUCCUCGUUCUCGCGGUUUGCACGGCAGCUGCCAUUGCCAAUUCUGCUGCUUCUUCUUCCUCCUUCUCCGCCUCCUCCCUUAAAUCUUCCUCCUCUUCCUCGACCUUGUCCUCCUCCAACUCCACCAAAGAAUUUCAAGUUCCCAACGCCGUUCAAGUCCUCUGCUCGCUGUCCGACAACCGCACUGUCUGUGAAUCCAAAUUGAAAGACGCAGUCAACUCAACGUCUACUCCUAAAGACCUCGUCCGUGCUACUGUAGCCAUCAUUGUCGACGAGGUCGGCAAAGCAUUCGACCACUCCGACACGAUCGGGACGAUGGCGGUAAAGAGCGCCGUGGAGGUCUGCCAAAAGCAGGUGGCGGAGCUCAACAGCGCGCUGAAUGCCAUCGACGCUUACCACCUGAACCAGCUCCCGGAGCAGGUGCACGAGCUCAAGAACUGGCUCAGCGCGGCCGCCACUUACCAAGAGACCUGCAUCGACGGCUUCCCUGACGGGGAGCAAAAGGACAAGAUACUGGCCGCCAUGACCACCGCCAAGCAGCUGACAUGCAACGCUUUGGCCAUCGUGGGCCGCUUGUCCUCGUUCCUUUCGCUCAUCAAAAUCGGCGGCGGGAGCAGCAGCCGGCGUCUCCUCGCCAAGGACCGAUUGAUCGAGGAGGAUGGGGUUCCCAACUGGCUUCGCGACGGCGACGUCAAACAGUUUCUCCUCGGCGGCGCAGUCAAGCAGCUGACCCCUAACGUAACAGUGGCCAAGGACGGCAGCGGAGACUUGAAGACCAUUUCCGAGGCGCUUGCUAAAAUACCAAGAUCCUACAACGGCCGGUAUCUGAUCUACGUGAAAGAAGGCGUGUACGAGGAGCAGGUGGUGGUGGACACGAACAUGAUCAACGUCACCAUGUACGGUGACGGCUCGAGGAAGAGCGUGAUCACCGGAAGCAAGAACUUCGUCGACGGCACCCAGACAUCUGAAACCGCCACCUUUGCGGCGAUCGGGAACGGAUUCAUUGCAAUAGCGAUCGGCUUCCAAAACACGGCGGGCGCAGCGAAGCACCAGGCGGUGGCCCUCCUGGUUCAGUCGGACCGCGCCAUCUUCCUCAACUGCUGCAUCGAGGCGUACCAGGACACGCUCUACGCUUACACCAACCGUCAGUUCUACCGCGGGUGCGUCAUCCUCGGCACCAUCGACUUCAUCUUCGGCAACGCCGCCGCCAUCUUCCAGAAUUGCAUCUUCAGCUUGCGGCGCCCCCUCGACAACCAGCAGAACGUCGUGCUGGCGCAGGGGCGCGCAUGCAUCUACGAUGACACGGGGUUCGUGGUCCACAACAGCUACAUCGGCCGUCCCUGGAAGGAGUUCUCCCGCACUGUGGUCAUGGAGUCCGACAUCGGAGAUUUCAUCAGUCCCGAGGGGUACAUGCCGUGGGACGGCGACUUCGCCCUCAAAACACUUUACUACGCGGAGUACGGGAACAGGGGAGCUGGCGCGGACACCUCGAAGCGCGUCAAAUGGCCGGGCUUCAAGGUGAUCAGCCGGAACGACGCAGUCAACUUCACCCCGACGCCCUUCAUACAGGGAGAUGAUUGGAUCCCUCAAACCGGCACGCCGGUACGCUUAGGCUUGUAUGAUUGA